GGAUCCUGUGUUGCUUUGGAUAGAAGAGAGACAUGGAGCUGCCUCACGUAGAGGUGGCCUGGCGGCAUUACAACCAAUGUUAGGGCAUUAUGGUAAAGCUACUCUUACCGUCUUCUCGAGCUUAUAUAGAGCAGCAGGUGCACGCAUUCUCCAGUUUACCCAGGUACCCUUCUCAACUAUAAUAACUGUCAUGCAAGCUUCAUUUCCGGGGAAGAUGGAGCAGAAGAUGCUCCAAAUAAUCCAGAAGGUCAAAAGUUUGAGGGAGCUGAAGCAGAUUCAUCUCCAGAUUAUUGUACAUUCUCUGGGAGAAAACAGUUUUAUCCUUGCCAAGCUCAUGGAUCUCUCUUCAGCUUUCCACUCCCUAAACUAUGCCAUGCGGAUCUUCCAGAAUGCUCGAAGCCGGAAUGUCGUUGUGCAUAAUACCAUGAUCAAAUGCUUUGUCGAGAAAGGAUGCCAGAAUGAAGCCUUCUCCGCUUGCAACAAGAUGAGGGCUUUGGGAAUUCCACCGAACAACUUCACCUUCUCUUUCCUCCUGAAAGCCUGCGAAUCCUUGGAGUCUUUGAAGUGGAGUAAAGGAGUUCAUUGCCUAAUUCUAAGAUUUGGAUUUGGGUGCUAUAUCUUUGUUCAGAAUGCCCUCUUAGGUACUUACGCGAGAUGUACCAAGGAUAUUGACUUGGCCCGUCAAUUAUUUGAUGAUAUGUCUGAAAGGGAUGUGGUUUCAUGGAAUUCGAUCAUUGGGGCGUACAUGGAACGUAGGGACAUGGCACGGGCUAUGGCUAUUUUUGAGUUGAUGCCUGAGAGGAAUGUUGUUUCUUGGAAUUCAGUUAUCACGGGUCUUUCUCGGAUUGGAGACAUGGCCUCAGCUCGAUCGGUGUUUGACCAGAUGCCAACGAGGAACACUAUUUCGUGGAAUACCUUGAUCUCAGGAUAUGUGAUGAGCGGUGAUGUUUCGGCUGCAAAAUCGAUUUUUGAUCAGAUGGAAGACAAAGAUGUGGUUUCUUGGACAACUAUGAUAUCGGCUUAUACCAAAAUUGGUGAUUUAGAAUGUGCAAGGAAGGUCUUCGAUGAAAUGCCAGUGAAAAAUGUGGUUUCAUGGAAUGCAAUGAUAGCGGGAUACAAUGAGAACUGUCGAUUUAACGAGGCACUGAGCAUGUUUCAAUUGAUGUUGCUAGAGAGGAGGUUUCCGCCAGAUGAGGCUACCCUCACCAGUGUCAUCUCAGCCUGUGCUCAUUUGGGAAGUCUUGAGCAUGGAAAUUGGAUCCACUCCUACAUAAAGAAGAACAACAUUCACCUAACAAUUGCACUGGGAAAUGCUCUUAUUGAUAUGUUUGCAAAGUGUGGGGACAUCAAGUAUUCUGAGUCUGUGUUUAAACAGAUGCCAAGAAAAUGCAUCAUAACAUGGACAACGAUGAUCUCAGGCUUAGCUUACAAUGGGCAAUGUAGAGAUGCUUUGGCCCUUUUCGAGAGAAUGAGCAUGAAAGGAAUGGAAGUUGAUGAUGUUAUCUUCAUUGCUGUUUUAUCUGCAUGCACUCAUGGAGGCUUUGUUGAAGAAGGUCAGAUCAUAUAUAAACAAAUGGUGGAAAAAUAUGGCAUUCGGCCAAGAAUGGAGCAUUAUGGAUGCAUGGUAGACCUCCUUGGCCGUGCAGGGAAGUUGGAAAAAGCACUCAAAUUUAUUCAGAACAUGCCCAUGGAGCCCAAUGCUGUUUUAUGGGCAACUUUGCUCAGUUCUUGCGUUUCUCAUGGAGCUCAAGAGUUGGUAGAGUUUGUCAGUCAAAAAAUUGUUGAUUUAGAGCCACUGAGUUCUUGCUAUCAGGUUCUGGUUUCAAACUCCGGUGCAGUAGAAGGAAAGUGGGACAGUGUUGUGAAUGUUCGUGCAAUGAUGCGAAAGGAGGGAAUAAAAAAAGUGCCUGGUUGUAGUUCAAUCCAAGUGGGUGGAGAGGUCCAUGAGUUCCUGGUCAAGGAUACAAGGCACAAGAGGAGGAAGGAGAUCUAUGAUGCCUUGGAUGGAUUAACAGAGCUAAUGAGACAAUUAGGCUACACGCCUUUCAGAGGCCAACUUGGCUUAUUGUAUGCUAAUGCAGACUUGUAGCUGUUGAUAUGCCGAGGAGAAAGUAUCAUCUGUUUGUGCAUGAGAAGUUUUGUGCCGAAAUUGACAAACAGCAUAUAUAUAUAUAUAUAUAUAUAUAUAUAUAUAUAUAUAUGCAAAACAGAGUGUCCAUCAACAACAUAAUCGGAUGCAUAUUCAUCAGAUUUCUAACACCAUGAGGCCGAUCUGUUUAACUGUGCUGAUACAAAGAUCAACCGUGCACCUGCCUGUCAGCUGCUUAUUCUCUGCUCAAGUCAAGGAGUUAGUUCUUUGAUUGGUGUGCAACCUCAAGCAGUCAUUUGGAUUACCUGCCACACUGGAUGUUUAUCGGUACAUGUUUGGUAUCUGAAACUUUCAGAAGAAGUGUUUCUAUUUAUAUAAUCUUAACUUUCAGGUAAUUUUUGUAUAGUUCUGCACCGUUCUUUCUAAAUUCUAGAUCCAAAUUUUCCCUUAAUACCAUAGAAAAAAUAAAAUAUAUUGUAGCUAAGUUCUUUAGAGCUUCUCAGCUGAGGACAUUAGUCCUUUCCUUUGUAGAACAAUCAAUAUUUGUCAUAAAUCUCCUACUUGUUUCCUGAA